AUGUCCCAACACCCUCCCGGCGGUCGCCACUCCACGUCCCGCGCCUCCGCUCGGCGACAUGGACGCGGCGGCGUUCCGGCAGGCGGCCACGAGCUGGUCGACUGGAUCGGCCGGUAUCUCGAAGAGGCCGAGCGGUAUCCGGUGCUGUCGCGGGUGAAGCCGGGCGAGGUUCGCGAGGCCCUGCCGCCCGAGGCGCCCGCCUCCGGCGAGCCGUGGAGCGCCAUCCGGGACGACGUCGAACGGCUCAUCGUCCCUGGCCUGACCCACUGGAACCAUCCCGGGUUCUUCGCGUACUUCGCGAUCAGCGCCAGCGGCCCCGGCGUGCUCGCCGAGUUCCUGAGCGCCGCGUUCAACGCCCAGGGCAUGCUGUGGCGCACCUCCCCGGCGGUGACCGAGCUCGAAGAGGUGGCCCUCGGCUGGCUCCGGCGCCUGCUCGGGCUGCCGGACGCGUUCGAGGGGGUCAUCUACGACACCGCCUCCAUCUCGACCCUGCACGCCCUCGCCGCGGCCCGGCAGGCGGUGCCCGAGCAUGCCCACUCGUCGGUCGACAAGGCGGUGAUGACGCUGGGACUGGGACAGAGCGGGCUCCGGCGCAUCGACGCCGACGAACGGUUCCGCCUGCGCCCCGCCGCGCUCGCGGCGGCAAUCGACGAGGACCGGGGAAACGGCGUCACCCCGCUGGCGGUGGUGGCGACGGUGGGCACGACCGCGGUCACCAGCGUCGACCCGGUGCCGGACAUCGCGGACAUCUGCGCCCGGGAGCGCCUGUGGCUGCACGUCGACGCCGCCUACGCGGGGGUCGCGGCGAUGGUGCCGGGCCACGAACAGACGCUGGCCGGAUGCGACCGGGCCGAUUCGCUGGUCGUGAACCCGCACAAGUGGCUGUUCACGCCGUUCGAUCUGAGCGCGCUCUUCUGCCGCCGCAUGGACCGGAUCGAAGAGGCGUUCGCCCUGACCCCGGACUAUCUGCAGAGCCGCGAGCCGGGGGCGGUCCGCAACCUCAUGGACACCGGCGUGCAGCUCGGGCGCCGGUUCCGCGCCCUGAAGCUGUGGAUGGUGCUGCGCUACUUCGGCGCCGACGGCAUCCGCCGCCGCAUCGCCGAGCACAUGCGGCUCGCCCGGUGCUUCGCCGACUGGGUCGACGCCAGCGACCGCUUCGAGCGGCUCGCCCCGGCGCCGUUCUCGGUCGUCUGCUUCCGCGCCAACCCCGCGGCGCCGGCCGGCGACCUCGACGACCUGAACGCCCGGCUGCUCGACGCCGUCAACGCCACCGGCGAGGUGUUCCUGUCGCACACGCGCCUGGACGGCCGCUUCGCCCUGCGGCUGGCCGAGCAUCUCGACCGGCUCCUGCCGGCCUGA